AUGUCAGAAGAAGCUGUUGGAAAAGGCUCGGAGUCGGGGACUACUGAAGAUGCUCAGCCAAAACCUAGCUUUCUUAACCUAACAAAGAAGCAGAAGAUGCGCGAGCUUAAAUCAGUUGGUUUGUUUCUGACACCGUUUUAUUAAUCCAUAGAUGUCACACUCCGUGACGUCCCGCGUGAUGCAACUCUUGAAGAAAAAUUGAUUGUCCUACACAGGUCCUAUGCAAAAUUACAGUCUGAAAGUGACGAGGCACAGCUGAAGGCCAAACAGGCCGAUAAACGUGUUCUUUCAGUAAGUUUUCUGGUGGGUUUUCAGCACUUGAACGCGAAUGUUUUCAUGCAAAGGGCUGUCUGCCUGCUGCAGAUUAGUGGUUUUAUUCAUCAGGGAAGAAAACCAUUCAGAUAAAUUUUUGCGCUUCAAAGCGUAUGAACACUUGGGACAUGGUGCUUCUUCUAUGAGCAAGCGUAAUUACGGCUGGGAAAUUUCUCGGUUUACCUAACAGUUUCAGAAGUUUGCAUUUAUUUCCUUUCAGAUUCUGUGCACAUUUUUACUUCUCAUAACCUGCAUCUAACAGCGCCUCCGCCUUGUAAUGAGUUUUCUAGGCUCAGCUCUGAUUGACAGGACCGUUUUCAGUUCUUGGUUGACUUCCUGUGCCAGCAACGCGUGUACCAUUUAAAGGCCCAGAUAUUUCGAUUGUAGUUCGGACAUUUACUGGCUGGUCGCAAUUAAGACUGAAUUCCACCCCUUCCGGCUAAGUUCUUCCUGUAGCCAGAAAGGACACAGGCAAAUGUGGGCGUGUCUUGGAAGAGGAUCCGGACGAUGAUAAUGACAUCGGAGAAGUGCUUACUAGACGUAUGCUGCGGUCGCUUCCACACUUCGUUUCACCUCCCUACUUGAAAACAGGCGCAAGGGCUCUUUCUCCACAACCGUUACGUUUAGUUUCCCUUCGUGUAAGUCCGACCCACUCACGGUGCGGCACCGCAUCACGGGUGGUCUGUUUCCCCGGUUUCGCUGUGAUAUCGGAUUAAGUCGAUCAAAGGGCUAUUUAAAAUGACAUGAAUGAUGACGGUGAAUACACUUACUUCCUCGUUGCGAACUCAGCCGCACCAGUUCGUAAAAUUACGAACAUCGCAGCCAGCUAAAGUAAAAUUUGGUUUAACCGCCAUAAGUAACUGCGUUAAAAUAUCUCGGGUUUUCGCGCGCAACGCAACAUUCACACCCCCGGCAAAGGGCUCAUCGACGUACGCCUAGUAAACAUUGAUCCUUGUGACAACGGUGACACUGUCACGAGUCCAAGAUACCUUUGUCCACUUACUUAUACUAGGUACAGGUGUGCUAAUGCCUCCGCUAGUCUGAUGACCUGCGGCAGCGGAUCCAGAAAACUCGACUCAUUCCCUCCUCUGCCGAUGAAGGCCGAAUACCGAAGGUCCAAGAACAACUUCCAUGCCUCAGCGAACUGUGUCAGGCUAUUUUUUGGCUGAUCCCCUCUUCGAUAACCCGUGGUGCAUAAGAGCGCCGAAUUGCGGGCAGCAACACUGCACUCAUAAUGCGGACGGUGAAGGACUUACCCAAGCCACCUCACUCGUCUCAGGUGGCUUGAGAUAUUUUCGCGAUGCCUAUGCACAGGCUCACGCCGCGCCAGCCGUCUGCGCCCGAUCCCGUCUGCUAUUUUCUUGCCUUUGUCUUGACAGCGGGGCCAGAUGGGGACAUUUUCAGUCCCGGAGGUCGUUUAGUAUCCCAAGUACACAUUCCUCAACAUCCAUCCGUGGGUCAGUCUGCAAUAAUGUGCAACAAUAUCUGACCCCCAAGGUCGCCAUCUCUCCGUAACUACCUUCUAAAACCAGUCAACCUCAUGCAUAUCCUAUUGCCUGCCCACAGUUGUUCUCAAGGAGGACGAGGGGAGAGUGGAAAAAUUGCCUACUCCGCGACCUUUUGCAAAGCAUUCGGCUCCUGAGACAAAAAUAAAUCACUUUUGGUUAUGUGGCCGAAGGUUCCUUAUCCGGCACUGCAGGCCGAAGAAGGAAAUCCUCUUCUUUAGUUGAGCAGGCUGGAGAAAACGUCGUACCCAUCAGUAAUUGCUUCAGAUUUAACAAACCACGGUGUGAUUAUUUGAAAUACCGUGACUUCGAGUCACCUUUUCAUCCAAUAUUGAUGACCAUUGAUUGUGGGAAUACUGGGAUUUUCAAAAUAUCUGCCAUCGCGAUUUUUGACCUUUGACAUCCUUUAUUCCCCGAACGCUGUAUUACAGUUUUAUCUCCAUAGAUCCUCGGCGAAAAAGACAAAUUUCAAAGUGAAUUGGCUCGCGUUCUUCAGCAGAAAGAGAAGCUUGAAAGUCUUUGUCGCGAACUCCAAAAACAGAAUCACCAAAUAAAGGUAAGAUCGAUUUUCACUCGAGGUCAGCUAUAAGCACCUUACUAAAGCCAGUCUCAUACCCACUAGUUUGUGCGAGGUCGGUUUCGACUUCUGCCUGCGGGCAGCAUCGAAACUGGUCUCCACUAUAUUCUCACUGCUAGACAUGUCCAACUCAGUUGAUAUAUCUUGCUUGAGGAUUCCACAGCCUACUCGCACUGUUCGGCCGCCCCAUUUUCCCGGGUCCAUUGCCUUAUUUACGAGUACUACCGAGUCUUCAUGCAACUUUUUAAGGUCAGCUUGCCCCUCGAACAGAUGAGAGCAUGCAUGUGACAAAAUUAGCUACAAGCUUAAGCCACGGUAGCGAUCUCCUUUGCAACUUCAAUAAACUGAGGAGACGAGCAACCCGUUCCCAACUUUCCCAUGUCUUUCGACUUUUGCUGUACCUUGCAGAUACCUUGCACAUGUUGGUAAAAUGUUAAUCUUGUUUAAUGGUUUUGCACAGGAAGAAAGUAUGCAAAUGGCCGAGUCGGAGGAUAAACAGCGGAAGGCGGUGGCUGAUCGUUUCCAAGCCAGCAUCCUGGACAUCCAAAAACAACUGGGUGAGUACCUAAACAAGAACAAGGAGCUACGUGAAGAGAACCAGCAAUUGGCUGAAAAGCUGCAGAAGUUCAUCAAGGACCAUGAACACCGAGAAGAGCACGUCCAGAAGGUGAGAAGUCCCCGUUUGUGAGUAGCAUCACCCUAAUGUUCCUGUGAAGUUCAUGAAAUACGCACACAUUAACAAUCUUUGCCGAAAACUUGCAAAUAGUAGUAAUAAUUUUUAUUAAGUGAAGCCUAUACAGUCGAAUGAACUCCUUUUUCACGGCUGAAAAUGAGGAAGGAGCUUAGUGAAAAUUGGAGAAGCCAACAAAGAGCAUAUAACGGAUAGGGUUUUUGUGCUUAAUGUUAGUCUCGCAACAUUAAGGGUGUGUUUGUAGGGGAUUAACCGAUGGAAAUCAUUAACGGAGAUGUAUUAAAAGUAAAAUAAACGAGAUUGUUAAUGGUAGCCUGUCGGGGAUCAGAUCGGCCGUUGUGUUUCAUCGGUUCGUUUUUAUGGGAUGUAUAACACGUGCUCGUACGCCGACAUGUAUCUGAGUGUCUUUCCAGUGAUAAUAAUAGCAGGAGACAUUAAAAUCCUAGGGAAAGAACAUCGUGGUGAAAAUCGCAUGAAGCAUUGACCGUGAUCCGCAAAUGCGCAUUGGAACGCAAGUGAUCGCGUCAUUAUACAUUUGAUAUGAAAUAUUAUUUAGCCCCGAGUUACCGCAUUCAGUGCGUCGUAUAACCUUUCUGUUGCAAAUAUUUAUGGCCACGCGCAAGUGGUUACAAGUGAAGUGUUGUCGGUUUUCUCAACCAUAUUUCGAGGGCCUCGUAGAUCAACUUCCGUUCCUUCUAUGGAAGGUUAAACCGUAUAAUGUGAUGCACGCAGUGAGGGUUAAUUUCGCCUUACAAGUUGAGUUCAUUGCUUUCAUUGGCCUUCUCGGCAGGGUCCUUUUCUUGGCUUGGUUCUGCAAAGGGACGUCAGCCAGAAGGCCUAAAAGCAAAGACAGCGGGGACGAGGAGAGCCAUUUUGGCUUAUUGGCUGUCGUCCGUCAAAUCUCCAACUUUGGAUACACUAGUAUUCUAGCCCGCAAUCUCUGGUCAUUAAGCGUUUUCAAGUCCAUUGCACCAGGGGCUCGUUAUCCCGCCAUUUGAGAUGGGCGCUGCUAAUUAUCGUCGGGGGAGCGUUUACCGUUUGUGCUAUAGCGCGAUACUAUUAUAAAAUGGCCGCAUAAUUUACAGAGCUGUCUAUGUAACGUCACGUAAUCUGCUGACACUUAAGCAUCAAUGCACUCAUUCAGACGUCCAGAGGAAUGGCUAGUUUAAACACUUUCUUUCAAAAACCCAGCAAUCGAACACUUACAGACCCCAGUUUUCUGGAGAACCGAAGUUCUUUUUUUUCGAUUUAAUUGUCCGAACUCGUGUUGGAAUUUAUGUAGCUGUUGGAAAAACAGCGUAGGUACAUAAAGUGCAUAUAAUCGUUUGCCACGGACACAAUUUUAAUGGCUUCGACCCGAUCCUUAAUUAGUCUAGCGCUUUUGCCUCUGUAACUUGAGUUGGUUUUAUGCUCCACAUCCGUAGUUUUUUGGGUCUCUUUUGGAGAUAAACUUUGAGAAUUUUGCGAACCUGUUUAUGAGUCUCGGUACAAAUGGGAUGUCAGCACAUAUUUUUACAUGUCGUGGGUUUAUUAGUCUUUUCACUGAAACUUUUUCCUGCUGCAGCCCCUUUGGGUUGGUUUUGGAGCCGCUCAGCUUUUAUGGAUAGCAUUAAUUAGAACCGUGCUGUUUCCUUGGUCACUCUAAAUUUUCUGAUCUAGUUCCCGUUUUGCUAUGAUGAAAACUCCUCUUGGUCGCUUUUUCCUGGAUGGCAGGGGAUGUGAGUAACAUUUACCAGAAGCCAUUUUAUUCCAGAAUCCCAGCCUGAACUACCUGUAGUCUCCGUUAGGUCCAUGGUUAGUGACGAUAAUUAACCUGUUUCUGUUCUUUUCAGCUGAUUAAGACGCGCGAACUGGAGGCCAAACUGGCCGAGGCGAAGUUGGAACAAGCUAAGGUUCAGCAUCAACAGGAGCAAAUGGUCUCCGAGCAGAAGAUUGCCCGCCUCAAAGAGGAGUCCGAACUGCUGAACAAACGCUUGGAUGCCCACCGAAAUGUGGAAGACAAGCUGAAAGAACAGGCAAGUUGGUGGCUACUAACAACACGUUUUUCUUGA